GAAAGUUAUCAAACUCUUCAAUGACUUUCAAUCAAACUAAUUAAAGGAAGCCGUUAAAAGGUCAUUACAUAUAAAACCAAUAUUCUUGUGGGUUGACCCUCUCACAUACUAGACACAAAAACAAUUAACUUCUCAAAAAGAGGAAAAAAUUCCUAGAGACAAAAGAUGCUUCUACGAAGCAAAACUUAUACUCCAAAUAUUAGCUUAUAAAUCUUCACGAUUUUCGGGUAAUUUCAACAAACAUAGACAUGCAAUGCCAUUUUUGCUUUCAACACAAGCUUAAAACAAAUCAUAGAAAUAUAAAUAAUGUUAAUAUGUUUACCGAUAACACAUCGUCACGUCUGAAAAAAGUAAUAAUUAAUGUAAUGGGUCAAUUAAAUUUUGGUUACGUAGUUUCAGGCCAGCGACACGCAUAGACAAGUGAUUAAGUUCCGCUCUCGUCAUAUAAAAGCUUUUAACCCACACCCAACACAUUCAGUCCUCAAUUGCCUUUUCAAACGACGUUCUCGCGAGCCCGUUGCGUUCUGAGUUUGCCAACAUGAAAUCUUCGUUUUUAAGUCUUUGCAUUUUUGCUGCGGUCAUCGCGGUGGCAAGAGGUUUCAGCAGCGAGGAAGCAAUAGACGCCUUUAAUGAAAAAAAUCCAGAUAACCUUGAAGCCCAACUGGAGAACUUUGAAGACCAACAGGACUCCAAUGAUAGCUCUGGCUCAAACCCUCACGACUGUGACUGUGGUGGAGUCUGCGACGCCCUUCACUACACUCGACUCCCAAAAGUUGUUCGGGACGAGCACAAGUACCUCAGCUACGAGAACUUCCCAGUACUGUGCCGAGAUGCAGCAGCCAUCCUGUUACCGCAAGGAGGAAAAAGCCGGAAGAAAUACGUCUGCAAACAAGUCUUUGACUGCUGCCGUAAAUGCAACUGGCUUUUCUAUCUUUGUCUGAAAGUUAAGGGUAGCACGUAUGGCUUUUGCAUGCGUGGUGCGUACAAAUGCAUGUGCGAUUGCAUCGACAAGAAGUCGUACAAAGAACUGCCCAUCAAUCCCGUCCCUACAGAGUAAUAGAAUCAUGCGGCUCAAACGCGUCCAAGGCGAGGUCAUUUUAAGGCUUAGCGAGGCGGCUAAAUUGACUGAAAUCAUGUAGAUUUUUGUAGACAAUUAUAUUAAAUUGUAAACCUUUCGGGAGUAGUCAAUUCAUUUCACCAUAGAUGACAGUUGAAGCAAUGUAAUGAGAUGAUCAGAUUGAAAGUUGUGCAAUAAUUAAACUUUUGUAUGUUUCAUGAAUGGUUUCAGUUAUCAGUCACGGAGCUUUUUUAAAAAAAAAGUCAUGCAGUCUCUUUCAUUGUUUCAUUUAAUACCACUGAACACAAAGAAUGUCAUGCGGGAAUUGCAAAACCCACAAUCCCCUUCCCCUAAUUCCAUCUUUCUCCGGCCUUUAAUUUAACGCUUCUUGAAUAAACACAAAGCUUCGACCGUCUGUUGUUUUUGACAGCAGACCGAAUGACUCAGCAAAACAAAUUUAAUUAUUUGUUAUCUAUUUUUUUAUUUUAACGUAAGCGCUUACUUGAAGGGCUGUUUUCUUCCGUUAUGUUAUGUUGCUGACCCUGGGCAAUGUAAGCCAAAAGUAACAUCGAACGACAAAUUGAAAAAAGAACGUUCAGAAUGUCGUGUCGCGCUGGUUGCGACACUGGAAAAUUAGAAUAUGCUAUGCGGCCACGUUAAAUGUUUGAAAUAAAGAAGAAAACGUCUGAUAUUCCAGUGACGGCAGCAAGUUUUUAAGGCACAAGGAGACGUUUAAAAACCUGAAUUAAGCUGCGCUUUUAGUUUAAACUACGGAAAACGCGACGCUUGACUUUUGCAGGGCGUCGUAGCAAACCAGUCACACUAAG